AUGGCAGUCACAGCGCCCACCGCGUUGCAGUCGCCACGCACGCCUCAAGCAAUUUUCCAGAUGCAUCCAUUCGAGGAUGACCUCUUCUUGGCAUACAUGCGACAUAGGUUGUUACACGGUCGUGCCCAACAGACCUUAUAUCUGAAGGCACCUGAUAAGCAAUUGGCGGCGAAGUGUCUCUUGGCUCUGUCUACGACAUAUUUUGGUGCGGAGCAUGGCGACUUUGAUCUAGUGCAGCGUGGUCAGCAUCAAUACAACGAGGCCCUGAGCGAUCUGAAUAUGGCCUUGAGUAAUCCAAGCCAAUGUCGUACAUAUGAUGUACUUGAGUCUGUAGUUGUUAUGACCAUCUUCGAGUUCAUGGCUUCCACGUCUGAACACGGUUGGAUUCACCAUGCCUGUGGGCUAGAAAAGCUCAUGGCGUUACAAGGACCUGAUAGCUUCAAAUCACUGGCAGCAUUGACUAUCCUAGAGCAAUCACAGGCCAUCAUUAUUCUGGCCGCUCUGGUGCUCCACAGGUCAACGAUAUUCUCAAAAGAUGAAUGGAAGUACGCUCCCUGGGAGAAUCACCCAGAUCGACGUUCUGAUGUUCAAGAUCUCUACGAUAUUCUCGCAGAUUGCGCGGAAUUGCAAGUCGCAAAAGACAAAGCACAUGCCGACUUGAUGCAUGGCAAAAACUGCGACAUGCACCAAACGGUUAUUGAGAAUGUUAACAGCCUUCUUAAACAGCUCAGUCAAUGGCGGUGUAACUGGACAUACGAAGAGGUGCCAGUCACAAAAGCUGCUCCAAAUGAGCUCAAUGCCAAGAGCGAUAUCGUACCAGUUUGGAACACAUCCUACUGUUUCAACUCACUUCAUGGUGCUAAUGGACAUGGGCUUUCCAAUGCAAUUCUUAUCCUUCUCUUGAGAAUGCAACGAGAGACAAUGGCAGCUGCAGAUAUAACCUGCCCUCAGGCUUCUGACAUGACGAAAACGAUUUACGACGCCGGCAUUGCGAUCUGCAGAAGUGUUGAUUAUCAUCUCGAUCACUCACGUGUCGGUUCCGGUAGCCUAAUUCUGCAGUUUCCACUACGUAUGGCAUACGAGGCUGUGGCAGUACAGUCUCCAUCAGUGGCUAGAUGGAUUCGAGAUGUCCUUCAAGAUAUCAAUGUAGGGUCAGCAGGUCGAUGGAGUUCUGCCAAACAUUUGCUCCAGGUUGGAUUUCGAAAUCUAUCGACGCUCUGA